AGGCAAAAGUUUUGCUCAGUGACAAUUAUAACGUUGGGACGAUGUGGACUAUAAAAGGCUGCUGCCCGAGCUGAACAGACAAAUAGUCAGCAUGAGGCCGUCGGUGCGAAUUAACGAUCUCGUCGCGAAUAUCAACUACUUCGCCAGGCUGCUGGGAUUGGAGAUAUUGGUGCCACGUCUUAAACUCGUCCCUCGCACCUGGUUCUUAAUGAUGGUGCCUGUGAGCUAUACGAUUUUUUGUGUCCAUUGGACGGUUAAGCAGACUCAGCAUCACUGGAUGGAUGGCUUGAAAUCGGUCGUCAUGCUCGGUGGCCUCAUCAAUGGCUGUUGCCAGUUAAUUACUAUCCUACAGCGACAUUCGGACAUUAAGCAAUUGUUGAACAACAUAAUUGCGAUAUAUGCAGAGUAUGAGCACCGCGGUGCGGACUAUUGGAAUGCACUCCACUUGGACAUUGCCCGCAUGCUCAAUGUAUGCCAAAUCAUUCGCAUUGGCUACCUGGUCUCAUUCGUUGUGAUGUGUGCAAUGCCGGGAAUCUUUUUACUCUAUGAUGGCAGACAUGUAACGAUUAUGCAGUACGAGAUACCCGGCCUACCAAUAGAUACCAACUUGGGAUACAUACUCACCUAUGUGCAACAUUUGAUUUCGACCGCCCUGGGUGGUCUUUUCUUUUAUAUGGGUGAUUUGAUGGUGUUACUCUCGCUAAUGCAGAUUCUCCCAUUUGCGCACAUUUUUCAGCUAAAAGCAGCCGCCCUCAAUGAUGCACUGCAUCAUAAAGAGCAGUCAAGAUAUCUAGCUACUGUGGGAGUCUUUGUAGAUACUGAUGUAGAUGUACUGUUGUUGGAUCUAAUCAACUGGCAUCAGUUGUUCACCGACUAUUGUCAGAUUGUGGAGCAUACCUUUGAUUUUAUGAUCGCUGCUCAGGUGCUCUCCUCGGCCAUCUCAAUUUUGGUUUGCUUUUGCGUAAAUCUCAGCGGAUUUCAUUCGGUAUCCACCAUCUAUCUAUUGGUCAGCGCCUACUCCAUGCUGGUCUACUGUAUUGUGGGCACCCAGGUUGAAUACGCUUACGAUGACGUGUAUGAGAUUAGCUGCAACAUUAGUUGGUAUGAGCUAAGCUGCGCCCAGCGAAAAUUGUUUCUGCUGUUGUUGAAGAAGGCGCAAAAUAUGCCAACUAUCGUUAUGCUUGGCAUUCUGCCACUAAGUGUGCGUACAGCGCUGCAGAUCAGCAAACUCAUUUACAGCAUUUCAAUGAUGGUGAUGAAAAAUCGCAACUAAAAGGAAAACUUAUUAACUUCAAAUAAGUUUGCUUCACAAUCAAAUAAAUUAAAGU